GUAGUAGUUGAAGUGAAAGAUCCAACCAAAAAAAAAGAAAAAGAAAAGUGAAAGAUAUUUGGAGGAAACUGUGGUGUGUGUGUUUGGAAACAGUAGAAACAUGUCGUGGUGUUGGAGCGUUAAGCCUUUUCAGAUGCAGUUUCAGUUUCAGCCAAGAACAGCAUCGUCGUUCCACUCCCACGUUGUUGGAGUAACAACCUCAACACUCUCUCUGCCACACCGUUCUCCUCUUGCUUUGACUCACAACAACCUCAGUUUCCACUUCCAACCCAAACUCAAACGCACUUCCACAACCAUUCGAUGCUCUUCUGCGUUGACUCCUCAGUUGAAGUCUACCUUGGAUAAAGUUAUUACUUCAAAUAAGGUAGUUCUUUUUAUGAAGGGAACUAAGGAUUUUCCACAGUGUGGAUUCUCAAACACGGUGGUGCAAAUAUUGAAGUCUCUGAAUGUGACUUUUGAAACCGUAAACAUACUUGAAAAUGAGAUGUUGCGCCUAGGACUGAAGGAGUAUUCUAGUUGGCCUACCUUUCCUCAACUCUACAUAGAUGGAGAGUUUAUUGGUGGCUGUGAUAUCACUGUUGAGGCAUAUCAGAAUGGACAAUUGCAGGAAAUGUUGGAGAAGGCAAUGUGCUCCUGAAGUCUCAUUGCUCAAAGGCAGAGGGAGGGAAUGAUGAGUUAGGGAUGAGAACUUUCUAAGUUAGUAAUCCUCCCGAAGUUAUGCUGUGGCUUGGAAAUAAUGGACCAAAUACAUUGUCUGAUACAUUUUAUGGCCUCAAGCUUCUAUUACGAGUAAUGCAAUACAAAUAUCUUGGUAUUUGAGUACAAAAUAGAGAAGUUGAUUGACUUGAAGAUCUCAUUAAAUAGACUAUUAUAGUAAUAGUUGCAAGUGCAAACUAUGUUCAAUUAAUUUUAUUUUCCAGCUUUUGUGAAACUGUCAUGUUGCUACCUCGUGAAACUGUCUCGUGCACUUGAUUACACCC